AUGCCUGGGCAGUGGAUAUAUAUAGAUGAAAAUAUUAGGAAAGUCAAGGAGGUAAGACGGAUGACAAAUUGCAUUCAGUGGUUUGUAGAACAGAUAGUAAUUGGAGAAUAUCCAGAAAGUAUGACAACAAAUGUUGGUGAAUGUCUUCCAAACUUUACAGAAAAAGAGGAGAAGAUAGUGAAAGGAUCAUAUGACUUUUUAGGUACAAACUAUUACACGGCCACUUAUGCUGCCAAUGAUCCAACAAAGCCAACAACUGAUAAUUAUCUUACCGAUUCGCACGUUUCGCCAUCAAGCUCGACCUCCGCCUCUCACCUCUACGUCUCCUCCAGCCAGCCUCGGGUCGGCUCGGUGCUGGCGAUUCAGUUUCUUCAUCCUUCAACAGUUCCUGUUUCGCCUCCGUGCCGGCGACUUCGAGCCAUAGACCAGCUACUUCGCCUCUGUAACCUACUGCAGAAAACUAGAUAUCAAAGUUUAUCAUUUGUAAAUAUACCUACUAAACUUGUUAUUACAUUUCUAGGAUAUUACCCUAGUUUGAUUAGUUUGAAUGGAGAAGAAGAUGCCAGUGGUAGGUCAAAGCAGAGCCGGGGUGAGAAAAAGAGUCACAAGGCUAUGCUAAAACUAGGAAUGAAGCCCAUCCCUGGGGUCAGCCGUGUCACUGUUAAGAAGAGCAAGAACGGCAGUCUUUUCACUGGUUUUGAUAGUUAUUUUCUAGUCGACUUUUUUGAAUGUCCUGGACUCUAA